GGUUGUAAUUCGUUUAGUUACAAAAAGCCAAGAUGGGAAAAUAUCCAACAGAAACUAUGUCCAUCCAAUAAACUGCUUCCUUGGUUCUCCACCCCACACACCAUCAUAUAUAUCAUCAGUAACUGACUAAUUAUUAAUGCAGACCUCUCUUUCUCUCUACUGUAUAUAUGUAUGCGUGUAUGUGUUUGGAGUUUGCGUUUUGAGGGUGUGUGUGUCGGUGGUUGGUCUUUGAAGUUGAAUUCUGUCUGAGCGGAAAUGGGCAGAAAAUGCUCACAUUGCGGAAACAUGGGUCACAAUUCAAGAACUUGCACCAAUUACAGAGCAAGUGCCGUUGGUGGUGGUCUGAAACUCUUCGGUGUGCAACUUGACUUGUCUUCAUCUUCUUCUCUUGCCUUGAAGAAAAGUUUUAGCAUGGAUUGCUUGCCAUCGACUUCAUCAGCAUCAUCUUCUUCUUCUUCUUCCUUGUCGUCUUCGUCUCGGGUUGUCGCAGAUGAGAAUUCAGAUAAAAUCUCCAAUGGGUAUCUGUCUGAUGGUCUCAUUGGUAGAACCCAAGAGAGAAAGAAGGCUGUAUGCGGAUGGUUAGGAGUCCCAUGGACAGAGGAAGAGCACAGGACAUUUCUAGCUGGGCUCGAGAAGCUUGGAAAGGGUGACUGGAGAGGAAUCUCUAGGAACUUCGUGACUACAAGAACUCCAACCCAGGUGGCCAGCCACGCCCAGAAGUACUUCCUCCGGCAGGCAAACCUCAAUAAGAAGAAGCGUCGUUCCAGCCUUUUUGACAUGGUCGGAAGCAGCAACGUAACGGAUCAACACGUUAACUCUACCAGUUUUAAGUCCAGGGAUCCAUCGGUUGCAUGUGGACUGUUGCCCGUUCUAUCACCAGCUCUGAACAUUGCAACUGCUUCUUACAGUGAAGUUCAUCACCAGGACGCCACGCUGCCUCUGUUAGACCUUAAUGCGUUAGAACAACGUACAGAAGUCGGUGGUGAAGACACCAAUUUCUUCAAGUUACCUUCAUGCUUUCAUCUAACGCCAGUUGGUCCAAAUGAAUCGCUUGAUUCCGAGCCUAGAGCUGCCACUGUAACGAACGCCGGUGUUCAAAAUGCUUCACCCGAUCUAGAGCUCACACUUGCUGUCCAAAGUCCAAUGGAUCAAAGUAAAUCAUCUCCAGCUCCAAUCCUAAUUGGACCCAUUAGUGUGGUCUAGCGACUACCCUACCCAGAGUGGAGCCAUAUAUCGUCACUGCCACUGUUAACCCCCCUUUUUUUUUCUGAAUUCAGACGGAGGAAGACUGGAAGAGAUGAUGAUCAACUGGGUCCUAACACAUUUUAGUGUCAUUGCACUCAGAAGUGAGAAGACGUAACUGUUUGUACUAUGAGAAUGCUCCAAAAGAAAAUAGUUUUCUUGUCUGAAUGAACAGAAAUGUCUAUGACACCAUUAAUGGAGGUAGCUUUUAUCUUAUCAAACAAAUAUGGGUAUGGUAUAAUCUUGUUUGCAUACCAUAAGAACCAGGAUUAAUAAUGAUUUCUAUCUCAUUCACCUUA